AGGGGCCAGGCUCCCUUCCCCCUCCUCUAUAUUCUUCGGUUCUCGUCACUCUCCGUGUUCUCUCCCUCGCUCUCAUCUCCUCUCCUUGCUAGCGGGGGCGAAAUGGCGGCUGGCGGAAAGGUCUCUUUCAAGAUCACCCUCACAUCCGAUCCCAAACUCCCCUUCAAAGUUUUUAGCGUCCCGGAGGCUGCGCCCUUCACUGCGGUGCUGAAAUUCGCCGCCGAGGAGUUCAAGGUCCCUCCUCAGACCAGCGCCAUCAUCACCAACGAUGGUGUGGGUAUUAACCCACAGCAAAGUGCAGAACAAAGAGGGAGGGAGGUCGAUGGUAUCUUGUUUUGAUAAUUUACUAUCAAGUCAUAUCUUUUAAUUUGAGAAACCUGUAAUUUUCAUGGGUUGCAUAUCAUGAGUUACGUGGUUGUAAUUCCUAUUAUGUGAUUUAGGCAAGAGAGGAGGAUGAAUUUAUAGCAUCUCUUAUUUGAAAUGAAGACGGUCUAAUGAUUAUAAUUUUAAUAGUUGCAAUAUGUCCAAGUCCUCAUAUUCUGAAAUAAGAGUGAUGGAGCAGCUUCAUAGGUUUUAACACUUCUAUAUGUAAAUUUGUUUGGAAAUGAUUUUUGUUCUUAUUUUUUGUUACAUUUGUCUUAUAAUUCGAAAUUAUUUAUAACCCAAUUUGUGGGUCAAAGUCAUCUGAUUGAAAAGGCAUUUUCUUUGGAUGCAUGUUGGCAAUGGUUGCUGUGCAAUUUUCUCUGCCUUUCAAAUCUCUUUGAAGACGGCCUGGAACAAAUUGCUACACUCUGAUACCCCUAAUUUUACAUUUUAUAUUUCAUGUACUUUUUAGAAAUAGAAUAUGCCAAUCUCACAGUAAAGUCAUCUAAUUGAGAUGGUGAACACUUUUGAUAGAGAUUGGAAAUAAUAGUGAUGCAAUUUUCGGCCUCUCUGAAAUUUUUCUGUUUGAAGAUGGUCUUGAGCACAUUGCUACAUUUUUGUUGCUGUUCAAGUAUAUUAGCUCAUUUAGUAGGUAAAGAACAUUUUUUCCUCUGGCAUUAUUUUUAGAAAUCACCAAUUGUUGAAAGAUCAUUUUUGAGGAAAUCCAUCGCAUCCCAUCUUUGAAAAGUCAUUUUAGGCUAUUAUGGGUGGGUCAUUUAUUUUUGGUGAAAGUAUGAGUGGGUCAUUGAAACUUGAAGGUUCACAAUAAUGGAAAUUUCGAAAUCUCUGGUUUGAAGAUGGUCUCGGAUGUACUGCUGCUUUCUUAAUUAAUUCUAGCUUUUCUGUUGUUAUACCAAAAGCAGUUCAGUAGUAUCUGUCUUUCAUAGAUUACUUAAAGAAGCUUGGAAACUGUGUGUCAGUUGCUGUAUAAAUAUGAUUCCUUUCUUCUGUUCUUCCUAAAUGAAAACCUAGAUAAUAGUUUCAUGAUAGGAAGGAACCAUGUUCAAAGUCUUAAGUUCUUGUUUCCUGGCAUUUUGGAUUGUUAUGAUUUUUAUAACUCGUUGUUUUUGAUGGUUCUAUAAGUUGCAUGUUCAUAUUUCCUAGCACACUUUGAUCCAUUUGUAUAUUGUGGGCGCUAACUAGUUUUCUUUUGCUUUGAGAGUACUAUUGUUUAAUCUUAAUAAGACAAUAUUAGUUGUCCUAUCAUUUAUUUCAUAUCAUGAUUUGAUGCUAACCUAGUGUGCAUGAGUUUUAGCUGCAGAAUAAAAUUGGACAUGAAUUCAGUUUCUCUAAGCCUGUGAUAGUAUUAUGCAGGCAAAAACACAUGCUACAUGCUUAGUUGAAAAGCUUGCAGGAAUAAAUUGCAUUGUUAUAUUGCUAAAACACAGGCUUUCAUUAUCUAGUAGACUGUAUUGACUACACAAAUGAUUUACAUUACUUCAGUGUUGUGAAUAUAGUUCAUCAUUGGCUAGACUGCAGGUUUUAAGAGGCAAUUUUUGAACUUGUGAAGCACCUGCUUCAAGCUACCUAAUGUGGGCUGUUGGACUUUUGUUUUGUAUUAAAAUUUUGAGUACCCUAAUAUAGGGAAGUAUUAUAUCCGCUAAGUAUGAUGUUAUCUUUAUAUGAUAGUGCGACUGAUAGAGAGAUUGUAUUUAUCUUGAGACAUUGUGGUGGAGCACUUAGACAGCUAUCUUCUCUUUGAGUUUAUAUUUUUGUGUA